UACCAACACUGACUGUGUUAUGUAUCCCGAGACAAAAUCGCGGAAACAAAUUGUGCCAUCUCUAUUCGUUAACACGCACGUGCGGUUGGGACGCUAUAAACACGAAAAGGCCCUGUAUUCAAACAAAUGUGAUUAAAAUUAAGCCCGCUCCAUAAAAAUUUUUGGCAGCAAAAUGCCGCGGAGAAAUGAAACGCGUUUAAGGUUGAUCAAGAAACAGAGACAGCCGCCGGCCAAAAAAUUCAAACCUGAAACUUCAUUCUCUGGCUCCGAGGAAGAGAGCGACUUAAGUCCCUACUCAUUCAGGACUUCAGAUGAGGAGGAUGGCGACAGCGACACAAAGAAAAUUCGGAAAGCUGUCAGUGAAACACCGGUCGUUGUGCCGCAUUUUACAUGCCCGGUCUUGAACAAAGGUCUUGGCGCCAGUAAGCAACUGGUGGCAUAUCCUUCAUGCUCUCUUAGUGAGCCGACGGCAUUGUUUGUAACAAACCGCACUACUCCCAUUAUGGAUCCGUGCCUAACACGAUGCGACGCAGUCGAGAACUGGACGGCCCGCUCUGAAUGGUUAAGACAUGAAUAUCUGAAGGAAACUGAAAAAAUGAAGCAGCGCGAGAAGAAGCAUAAGCAUAAUAUCUAUAAUCAUAAUCUUUAUCGCUUUGCCGAGCACGUGGCCCUACAGGAGUAUCCGUACUUUCGCGAUAGCUAUGACUAUCACUACACUGGCGGCAGUCUUAGCCUUAUGCAGUUUGGUGAUAUUAAAACCUCGAUGAAGCUGGCCCUGCAUGUUAGCGGGCCGAAGCUGCAAGAUUUGCAUUUUUCACAAUUCGACGGGACAACAGAUGCAGCUGAGCAGUGGCGGCUAGAACCCUUUUAUAGCCAGGAAAUAGAUUCUGUGUCCGAUGAAAUAUUUGAGAUUCUACCGAUAGAAAGCUUUCGAGCUAACCAUGGCAACAUGUUCCUUGCCCGAAGUCUUACUGAAAUUUGUAUUUAUGAGCUGAAACGAUGUGCAUCCAGGGGAACAACAGAAUACGAGCUCAACCUUCAAGGCAAAUACAGCAGUCAUAAUGGACCAUUUAUUAGUGCCGCGCAAGGGAUCAGUGAUGUAAAUACUUUGGCCAUUGCCUGCCAGGAUCGCACUGUACGCUUUGUGGAUCUUGUAACGAGCUCGGAUAUAGCCAAGCAUGAUGUGUGCAUGGUAAACGGACUAAAGCAGACCGCAAAUAAUUGGGCACAGCUCCUUCCUUGCUUAUCUGAGAAGAGCAGCUUUUACUAUGCCUGCCAGCCGGUACUCCUCACCAUCGAUAUGCGCUGUGCCAGCGAUAACAACAAUCCCUGCUUUGCGAGCAGUGCUUACUCGAAUAUGUGCGAGACUUUUUCCUGUCUAGCUCGCAGUGCAAAUCCCAAUCUUUUGUAUGUAGGUAGCAACCACAAGCUGCACUGCUUGGAUAUGCGGUGCCUAGGCAAAAAACUGACGGAUCGUUCGGUCAUCACCUGGACACAUCAGAUGAGAUAUCCACCCACCUUUAUGGACGCUUUCAUGCACGACGGAAGUGAGUACGUUGCCUUGUGUAGUCCACUGCCCUCAGAUCAGCGUAUUUGUGAACUGACCGGUGCUUUGGCUAAUUCCUUUACCGAGAUGUCUUCACCAACGUUCCCAUACGCGCCAGUUACCAUGGAGGAGGCACUUCGAGAAUCACGCGUUCGUGGUUUUGUGGAUGUGUAUGCCGAUCUAGGGGAGCGCAUUAAAACUCAUAUCACUGGCCUUAAAUUUCACAGCCUGGAUAAUCCAGGCGACAAUUCUUUUGCACAACUAUUGACCAGCAAUUCAAUGGGAGAUGUAUAUUGCCAACGGCUGACAGUACGUAAGGAAGAGGAUGCAGUGCAGGAGACACGUAUUGGUCCUCACACAGACGAAGCGUUGCGUGUCUAUGGCAGAAUGGUGAGGAAAAAGGUGACCAGGACAUUAAAAUGCACCGCCGUUGAUGACAUUAAGGUAAUGCGUGAAAUAAUGGGAUCAGGUAUUGCACCAAAAUCAGAAGAAGAAUUAGAAAUCGAAGACGUAACAAUAGACUAUGGAUUUGAACCGCCAAAUGAUGAGAGCGACGGUUCGCAAAAUGAAAAACCUGAGACUAGUCAGAAAAAAAAGAAAGAACCAAAACCAGAAGACAAAACUGACAUUAAAAAGAAAAUUAAGGCCCUAAAUAGGGGUUCGUGGCAAAAAUCGGCAUACAAGCUCUGCAAUUACAAUGACUUCUUAAGUAAACGACUUUUAAGUAUUUGGGAAAUUGACGAAAAGUACGACCUUACGCCAGACGUUGAUAUCAAGGAGCUGGAUUCGAAACUAAUGGAAGGAAUACAUGACAACUAUGAUCACACAGAAACAUGGCUCAAGAAACUGCCCAAAGCUGAAGAGAUGCCAGCACUUAUAAAUGAGUCAAAAUCACCUUUCGUAGAGGGAACUGAUUUGCCAAAGUACGACGAUGCCAUAAAUGCUGAUUACGAAGUAAUAGACUCUUUGACAAAUGAAGCCGAUUUGCAUAUGAAAGUUGAGUGCGAGGAAUCGUACAACGAAACGCUCGCUCAACGUUUUAGUAUUCAGGCACAUUCGACGUUACAGCCGGAUCAAUUUACGGCUGUAGAAUUUUACUAUGAGCCCUCUACAUCACAGUCCAGGCCGACCAAACGGGCCAAAACCAAAUCGAGUUAUCAAAAGGGUUUCUAACCCGACACAAUAUAUAUUUUAAUGAUACAUUCAAUAAUUUUCAAAAUAAACUCAGGUAUAAUAUA